AAGUUCCAGCAUUACUGCCCUGAAUGAUAAUUCCUCCCCUGGUGAUGUCACAAAUUCCAGUGAUGACAAAAAUGCCAGUUUGAACGCUGCUUCGAAGUCAAAAUCUGAUCUCGAUUUAUCCACAGUCAAGGAGUUCUCUUCGACCGAGAGCUUGCGGCAGAUCUCCCUGCAGGUGAAUGGUCUGAUGUCUGAAACCAAUGCCUUCGUGAAUGGGAACAUCGACGAAGAUGGAGUGACCCACUCGACCAAUAAGUCACUGGAGAAGAGGAAUCAGGAGCUCGCCUUACUAGUGAAUAAUUUGCAGCAGUCUAAUGACCACUUGCAUUUUCAGUUACAGGAACUGAAAGCUAAAAACAAGCGAUUAGGGCUGAACUUUGAGCAAGAGAAAAAAGAGCUGUUGGAGCGAUCCCACAAGGAGCAGGUGAGCUUGAACGACCAACUCCAGGUCCACAUCCAGACCAUCGGCAUCCUGGUUGCAGAGAAGACGGAACUGCAGUCUUCGCUCUCCCUCAGUCAACAAUCGGCCAAACAGAAAGCAGGAGAAGUAGAAGAGCUACAGGGCAGGCUCCGUGCUCUCAGGCAGCGCACGUCGGACCUUGAUAGAGAAUUAAAUAGUCUAAGUAAUUCUAAUCAGCAUCUAGAAAAAGUUAAUAAAGAAAUUUCCAAAGACAUUGAAAGGCUAAAGUUAGACAAUUAUAAAUUUAGCAAAACAAAUGAAGAAUUGAAAUCUGCAAAUGCCGAAUUGUCUGAAAAAUUGAAUAGAAGGAUAAGUGACUUCAACGAGCUGGAGAAAGAACUGUCCGAGUGCAGAACCAAGCUUGCCGCUGCUGAAGUGAAACUGAAACAAUCAUCUGAAAGCGGUGAAAGUUCAUCCCAACUAGAAGAAAUUUAUCAUCAAAAAAUUGAAUUAGAAAAGCGAAUAUCUUUACACAAAGAAUCAAUCGAUAAGUUGAUUAACGAACGAGACCAGAUGUCCGAGCAGUAUCAGCAGUACAUCCAGCAGCUAAGUCAGCAAGUGACCUCGCUUCGAGAUGAAAUCAAGCAGUUGUCCAGUGAGAAAGAUAUGAUGUCCAAGGAGAGAGAUAGUUUGUUGGAACGUUUGGAGUCUCAGAAGAACAUUCAAGAUUCCACCGUGGAAGAUCCAUCCGAAUUCAAAGUUCAACUGAAUAUUUUAGAAAAUCAAAAGGAAGAGCUCAGCUUCAAAUUAGAAAAUCUGACCUCCGUCAACAGCAACCUGGAGAAGCGAGCCCUGGAACGAGAAGAGAGGAUUGCCGAACUGGAAGUCCUUGUUGCCCGCCUGAAAGAGGAUCAGGUGGACCAGGGUCGCCUGGUAGAGACCAUGCAGAGUGACAAGGUGGCUGCCAGCAGAGCCAUGGCACAGAACAGGGAGCUCAAAAAGCAACUAGAGGAGCUCCAGAGUGGCUUCGUGGAGAUGAGCAAUACAAAGUUGGAGCUUGCAGAGAAGCUCCAUUCUGAACAGCACAUCUGCAAAGAGCUGGGAGAACGUCUCAGCCAACAAGAGGAAGAGCUCCAUGACCUACGAGAACAGCUGACCCAGAAAGAUGAAGAGCUGCAAAAUCUAGAGAAGUCCAACACAAAGGGCAUCUAUCAACAGAACCAGAUUGCAGACAGGAUGCGACACUACGAGGCUCAGGGACAUCUGGCGGAAAUGUUGCAGAAGGAACUGCAUUCUGCCCAAGAACAAAUAAAUUCCCUGGUUCAGCAGAAUUCUGAGCUGCGCAUGGCCAUUGCCACCCAGGCCGAAGUGGCGGUCAGCGACGAAAACCAGAAAGAAGACAAAGAUGCUUCCAAACGAAAUGAUUUAGUUGCUUCCUUAUCUGCUUCCGUUCGGCAACUCGAAAUGGAAAGGAACCAACUGAUGAAGCAGUUAGAGGAGCAAAAGUCAAAUCGAACAAAUUUGGAGGAACAACUAAAGAAAAAAGAAACUAUGCUUGAUAACAAUGAUGGGGAAACCAUCGACAUAGUGAGCAAGGACGAGUAUUCAAUGAUGAAAAGAGCUAUGGAGCAGUUGGAAGAACGAUUCAAGCAGACAAUGAAUCGGAUAGCGGAACUCUCCGACGAACGACAACAGCUCGAGCAUUUGGUGUUGCAGCUGCAGGGAGAAACUGAUACCAUUGGGGAUUAUAUUGCUUUGUACCAGAUUCAAAGGGGACUGAUGAGGAAGAGGGCUUCCGAGAAAGAUGAUUACAUUGCUCAGCUUGCUCGGGAUCGAGAGGAUUUAAAGACCAAACUAGGAGAACUCCAAGGACUGGUGAUGCGACUGUUAGAGGAGAGAAAGCUCUUCCAAGCUCAAGGCACUGUUUUGGACCAGAAGAUAGACAUUAGCCAUCUGCCACACACCUGUGAUGUUAAUGGAACAUCUAGUGAAGAAGAACCAUUUGUAGAAUCUCCUCCUGCCAUCGUAGGAGAUGCUUCGGUCUCGACCAAAAAACCGGAGGCCACCGCCAGAAAGAUCAUGGACCUGUUGACGGAGAUAGAGACAACCAACCUGGUUGAAAAGCCAGUCCUGGACAGCUUCCAUCCCUGUCCCGUGUGUUCUGGCAGGUUGAUAACCGUCUAGUCGUCGGAGAAUUUCCCGACUGACAACCUUUCAAAGAGCCUUGAUGCACGCUGUCGAGAAAUGCAUUUAUCCUCUGGAUUCUUCCCGCAACCUAUAGAAUACGAACAAAAGAUUUUAUUGUGCACUUCACCCUGGGUUUGAAAGUUCCUCUUUAUGUUUCUAAGUUGUUCUUGCAUUCCAGUUCAGUCCUCAAUCCAAAUAUUUCAUUCAGGUUUGAUUUUCAUCUAUACCACCUUGUGUUUGUGUAGUUUGUGUUUGGUAGUCGGAGCCAGUAAGGGAAACUUUGAUAUUCAUUCACUCUU